GUGAGUGAUGGGUUGAUUGGGCAUUGAUGGAUUGUUGAUUGAUGUAAUGAUUGACGGAUGGGAUUGAUUGAUGGGUUAUUGAUGGGUUAGUAAUUGAUGCGGUAUUGAUUGGUUAUUGAUUGGUCGUUGAUGUGUCCUGCUCCCCAGAGAUCCGUAAUGGGAACCUGAAGAGCAUCCUGGGCUUGUUCUUCAUCCUAUCUCGCUACAAGCAGCAGCAGCAGCAGCAGCAGCAGUACUACCAGUCGCUGGUUGAGCUCAGCCAGCAGAGCCCCGCCCCCUCCCAGCAGGGCCACGCCCACCCCGCAGGCCCCGCCUUGCAGGCCAAUACGACGGAGAUGCAGUCCAGCCUGGCGGCACGCUACGCUAGUCCUCCCGCUCACAGCGGGCUAGCGACACCACAGAAGAAGAACACGAGACUCCCAGGUCCGUCCCGGGGCCCGGCUGCUGGCAGCGUGGCCCCCAGGAGCCCGGCCUCCUCCAACCUCAACCGCCGCAGCCAGAGCUUCAACAGUAUUGACAAGAGCAAGCCGCUGCAGUACGCUAGCGGCAACGACAGAGACUCCGUGAGAGCCGCCCCUGCGUCCGGCCCCCUGCUGGGCGGCGCCGGUGUAUUACCCAGCAGCCCCGGCGGCCCGGCGCCCGCGGGCUCGGCCAUCCCGUCCCUGUCGGCGGCCGUGGGGGGGGGGAAGUCGUGGCGGAGCAAGUCCAUGAACCUGAAGCACAGCGCCACCUCCUCCCUGCUGGGGGGCCCCUCGCCCGGCCCCCCCCACCAGGCCAAGCCGGGGUCGGGGACCCCGGGGUCGGGGGUCGCCCCUGGGUCCCAGGGUCGCUCCAUGCUGGAGAAGUUCCGUCUGAUCCACCCGCGGGUGACGGGGGCGCGGGCCACGCCCAACAUGGCCGACAUGCCGCUGACGGAGGAGGACGACGGGGCGGAGGGCGGAGACGACCCCCCCGCCGCCUCCGCCAAACCCCCCUCCGUCGGCAAGACCCCCGCCGCAGGCCGGACCCCCGCUGCCUCCUCCUCCUCCUCCUCCUCCUCGCCCUCCUCCUCCUCCUCCUGCUCCUCCAAGGGCUCCGCCUCCAGCGGCAAGGCCCCGCCCCCCAGCUCCUCCUCCUCCUCCCCCAGCACCACCUGCGCCUCCACCCGGGAACGGGAGGAGGCGCGGCGGCCCGGCCGGACCGGGUCGCGGCCCGCCGGCCCCCCCGAGGCGGACCCGGCCUCCAAGAAGACCUCCCGCAUCGCCAGCCUCAUCCCCAAGGGGGGGAGCAAGCCGGGGGCCGGGAAGAAAGAGGGCGGGGCCACCACCUCCAGCAUCCCCAAGUCCGGCCUCAAAGCGCCGUCCUCCAAGCCUCAGUGUCAGUCCCCGGUCCCGAGCCAGACCCAGACCCCCACCCAGACCCCCCAGCCCCCCACCCAGACCCCCCAGACCCCCCAGACCCAGACCCCCACCUCCCUGAACAGCAGUGGUAACCUCCGUGGUGGCGGGGUUGACGGAGACAAGGCCAAGCCCACCAAGGGCGGGGGCGGUCUCUACACCCAGAGGUCCCUGGGGGCCCCUGCCCCCCCCGGGGCCCGCAGAACCAGCAUGACGUCCUCCACCAGCACCUCCGCCCUCAGCGGGACUGGGGGGGGGGGAGGAGGAGGGGUGGGCGUGGUCCAGCUGCCCCAGCAGCAGCAGCACCACCCCAACACCGCCACCGUGGCCCCCUUCAUGUACCGGACCUUCUCGGAGAACGACUGCUCCAUGGUGGUCCCCGUGGACACGGGCCUGAGCCCCACCAAGGGGGAGCUGGUCUACAGCCGGGGGGGCUACAGCAAGACGGCCAAGCAGUGUCUGCAGGAGAUUUCAGGUGAGGAUCCGGAGGCGAGACGCAUGAGGACCGUGAAGAACAUCGCAGACCUCCGACAGAAUCUGGAAGAGACCAUGUCCAGUCUGCGGGGGACACAGGUCACCCACAGUACCAUGGAAACGACCUUUGACACCACGGUAACCACGGAGGUCAACGGGCGGGGCGGGGCCGCGCGGCCCUCGCCCAUGGCCUGGCGCCUCGGCCAAUCACAGACCCCGCGGCUCCAAGCGGGCGACGUCCCCUCGCCGCCGGGCGGCUUCACAGCGCCGCGGGCGACAGCCCCCGCGGGCCGCUACAGUGGACAGACCGACGCCCCCAGGUACAUGUCGGACGGGGGUCUCCCUCUGUACGGGCGGGGCGCAGGCCGGGGCGCAGACCCCCCCUCCUCCAGAGAGGUCUCGUCGCGGACCACUAAGGACCUGCAGACAGACCUGGACAGUUGGGACGACAGUAGUUCUGUGAGCAGCGGUCUGAGUGACACAUUGGAAAACAUCAGCACAGACGACCUGAACGCCGCCUACUCUUCCUCAGCCUGCUCCUCUUCCUCACGCAAGAACAAGGCAGCCCAGGCCCACAGGGGGCGCUCCUCCCGUCAUGCAGGAAGUGAGCAGGAGGUGAACAGCAGCUGGGCGGGAGCGGAGGACCUGAAGAAGGUGGACGAGGAGGAGCAGGACCUGGCCAUGGACCCCUCAGGCACCUCCUCGAGGUGGAAGUCUACCUCCACCUCCACCUCCACCUCCUCCACCACCUCACAGCAACAGCCGCCCCAGUAUGAGGAGGCUGUCCAGAAGAGUGGGGGGGCCGGGGGCAGUCAGGGGACCCAGACGGGCUCCUUGAGGAGAGGAAUGGGGGCCCAGGUGGGCAUCAGCCCCCCCCGGACCAAGACCUCCUCCUCCUCCUCCUCCUCUGCAACCCUCAAGUCACCUGGUAAGACGGACGACGUGAAGGCGUCUGAGAAGGUCAAGACCCCCUCCAAGACCCCCGCCGCGCUGCAGCGCUCGCCGUCCGACGCCGGGAAGGGCAGCGGGGACGAGGGGAAGAAGCCCCCCACGGGCACCACGCGGACCCCCCCCGCCCCCGCCCCGACCCCCACCCCCACCCCCACCCCCACCGCCUCCUUCGGCUACAAGAAGCACCCCCUGAUCACCAGCGGCUCGGCCACGCUGGGCAAGAUGCCGCGCUCCGCCGCCGGGCAGACGGACCCCUCCUCCUCCGGGGGGGGGCGCAAGACCAGCCUGGACGGCUCCGGGGAGCCCCAGGACGAGGGCCUCCUGCUGGGCUGCAGCGCCGCCAGGAUGCCCCUCCAGUACCGCUCGCUGCCCCGCCCCGCCAAGUCCUCCUCCGGGGGAGGGGGAGGGGGGAGGGGCGUCGCCAUGGAGACCGGCGCCAAGACGACCACGUCGUCGUCGUCGUCGUCGUCGGGGGGGCAGAGCAAGCGGCGGGACGCGGGGGGGAAGGGCGGGGCCACCCUGAACCAGACGGACAAGGAGAAGGUGGCGGGCGGGGCGGACCCCCCCACGGACCCCGGGGCCCCCCGGUCCAGCCCCACCGCCGGCUCCGCAGGGGGCCAGACGGGUCUGAGGCAGCCGGGCUCCAAGUACCCCGACAUCGCCUCGCCCACCUUCCGCAGGUUGUUUGGGGCGAAGGCGGGCAGCAAGGCCAGCACGCCGGGCAGCCCCGGGACCCCGGACUCCAGUAAGAGCCCCUCCCUGCUGGGCGGCCCCCACGCCCCCACGGCCCGCCAGCCCAGCCUGGACUCCCCCGACGGCCCCGCCGACUCCCCGGCCUCCAGCCCGGCCUCCGGCCUCUCGCUGGCCUCGGGGGCGCGGCCCUGGCCCGGGGGCGGGUCCUCCACCUCCAAGGACACGCUGAGCUGCCACAGCAUGAGCAGCCUGCACACCACCUCCAGCGACUCCAUGGACCUGACCCCCCCCCCGGGGGCCAAGGUGGGCCGCGCCAGCAGCGUCAAGUCCACCCUGUCGGAGGGCAUGCCACUGGACCGCAACACACUGCCCAAGAAGGGCCUGAGGUACCCGCCGUCGUCACGGCAGCCGUCCCACGAGGAGGGGACGGAGUGGCUGCGGUCCCACUCCACGGGGGGCCUGCAGGACUCGGGCAGCCAGUCGCCCCUCUCCCCCCCCGGGGCCGCCGCCGGGAAGUACCACUACUCCAACCUCCUGAGCCCCACCAGCAACACUCAGUACUCGGGGCUUCCAGCAGGGGGCUCCCUGGAGCAGUACCGGGACGGACCACUGGGGGGCAGCAGCACCUCUCUGGAGGAGAGGCCCAGAGCCAUCAGCAGGUCGGGAUCCUUCAGGGACAGCACCGAUGAAGUCCAUGGCUCCUCUCUCUCUCUAGUAUCCAGUACUUCGUCCCUCUACUCAGCGGUUCUGUUCUACCUGGAGAAGACGGAGGAGAAAGCUCACUCUGAGGGCCAAACGGGGCAGAACUCCACGCAAAUCCGUAAGCUGCGUCGGGAGCUGGAUGCGUCUCAGGAGAAGGUCGCCACACUGACCUCCCAGCUCUCCGCCAACGCCCACCUGGUGGCAGCGUUCGAGAUGAGUCUGGGGAACAUGACGUGCCGCCUACAGAGUCUCACCAUGACCGCCGAGCAGAAGGAAUCGGAGCUGGCUGAGUUGAGGGAGACCAUUGAGAUGUUGAAGACUCAGAACACCGACGCCCAGACCGCCAUCCAGGUGGCGCUGAACGGCCCGGACCACCUGAACAAAGACCUGCGCAUUAGGAGGCAGCACUCCUCUGAGAGCAUGUCCAGCAUCACCAGCGGGGCGAGCCACGCCAGCCUGGGCAGCCUGGGGAGGGACCCCGACGAGAAGAAGAGGAAGAAGAAGAGCUGGGUGGCUGACUCGAUCCCUGCUCAGCUGCGGAGUUCCUUCAAACAGGCCUUCAGCAAGAAGAAGAGCCGCUCCUCCUCCUCCCACGAGGAGUCGGAGGAGAUGAGCGACUCCCUGCCCUCCUCCCCCAAGCUCCCCCAGCGUAACCACGGUGACCAGGCCGACCAGGGUAACCACGGCAACCGCCUGGUCAGCCCCGCCGCCGCCGCCGGGCUGCGCUGUUCACCGUCCGGCACGGAAGGGAGGGGUUUCUCAGAGUUCACUCCUCCCCUUUGGAUCGCUAAGAAAAGUCAGACCGGUCAGGUGGUCUACAAGCACGGCUCCCGGCUGUACGAGUGCUCGGAGGCGGAGACGCAGGUGAUCCUGCAGCUGAAGAACGAGCUGCGGGAGAAGGAGCUGAAGCUGACAGACAUCCGGCUGGAGGCCCUGAGCUCCGCCCACCACCUGGACCAGAUCCGCGAGGCCAUGAACCGCAUGCAGAACGAGAUCGAGACGCUAAAGGCGGAGAACGACCGCCUCAAGUCCAGCGGGAACGCCACGCCCACGGCCACGCCCCUCAAGACGGCCCGCCCCCCCUCCGAGACCUCCAGCACCUCCUCCUCCUCCUCCCGCCAGUCGCUCGGCCUGUCACUCAACAACCUCAACAUCACCGACACCAUCAUGUCAGAUAUCCUCCUUGACGACGGCUACGAGGGCAACGUGCGUAAGGAGGGCCGCAGCGUGAGGAUCGUGGUCUCGGUCAACAGCCACGGCCACAACACCAAGGGCCUGAAAACCCAGGACUACCUGAUCGGGUCCAUCGGGGUCAGUGGGAAGACCAAGUGGGACGUCCUGGACGGGGUCAUCAGACGGCUCUUCAAGGAGUACGUGUUCCGGGUGGACCCGCUGACCAGCCUGGGUCUGGGGUCCGACAGCAUUUUGAGCUACAGGAUGGGGGAGGUGGUCCGAGGGCCGUCCUCCCAGCUCCCCGAGCUGCUUCCCUGCGCCUACCUGGUGGGCCACAACAACCUGAUCCAGGUCCAGCUCAAAGGAGUGAAGGAGAACAGCAUUGACAGCCUGGUGUUUGACACCCUGGUUCCCAAGGCGAUCAUCCAGCGGUACCUCAACCUGCUCUCGGAGCAUCGCCGCAUCAUCCUGUCUGGCCCCAGCGGCACCGGGAAGUCCUUCCUGGCCGCCAAGCUGGCCGCCUACAUCGUCGCCCAGACAGGAAGUGAGGUCACCGAGCACACGGUAGCCAGCUUCAACGUGGACCAGAAGUGCAGCAAGGUACGCAAACCGGACCUCCGUCAGUACCUCUCCACGCUGGCUGAGCGCUGUGCGUCGGAGCAGACGGACUCGGACCUCCCCACCGUGGUCGUCCUGGACAACCUGCACCACAUCGGCUCCCUCAGCGACAUCUUCAACGGCUUCCUCAACUGCAAGUACCACAAAUGCCCCUAUGUGAUCGGAACCAUGAACCAGGGCAUGUCCUGCUCUCCUAACCUGGGUCUCCACCACAACUUCAGGUGGGUGCUGUGUGCUAACCACACUGAGCCGGUGAAGGGCUUCCUGGGCCGCUUCCUGCGGCGGAAGCUGAUCGAGACGGAGAUCUCCCGGAACACGAGGAGCACGGAGCUCAUCAAGGUCGUGGACUGGCUGCCCCGGGUCUGGCAGCACCUCAACGGCUUCCUGGAGGCCCACAGCUCCUCCGACAUCACCAUAGGUCCCCGUCUGCUACUGUCCUGCCCCAUGGAUGUGGCGGGAUCCCGGCUGUGGUUCACCGACCUGUGGAACUACUCCCUAGUGCCCUACCUGCUGGAGGCCGUCCGAGAGGGGCUGCAGCUGUACGGGAAGCGGGCGGCCUGGGAGGACCCGUCCAAGUGGGCCAACGAGACCUACCCUUGGAGCCCCGCCCCCCAGCCCCACGACAGCCAAUCGCUGCUGCUGCAGCUGCGGCCGGAGGACGUGGGCUACGACGGCUUCGGGGGCUCCAAGGACGGCUCCUCCCCCUCCUCCUCCUCCAAGCCCGUCUCCCAGAGCGACACCGAGGGCGACCCGCUGAUGAGCAUGUUGCUACGGCUACAGGAGGCGGCCAACUACUCCACUCAGAGCUGCGACAGCGACAGUGCCAGUCACCAUGACGACCAGCUGGACUCCUCGCUGGAGUCGGCGCUAUGAGGAGUUCUGAAUCCCGGAGCCAAAUCCGAAACACGGACCGAUUCCGGAACAUUCUGCCAGACCGGGUUCUGACGUGGACACACAGAGUCCUACUAUGACCCCAGACGUUACCUUAAAGUAUAUUAUAGUAUGACGACAACCACACACACACACACUCCUCAGAGUUACCUUAAAGUUUAUUAUAGUAUAAUACCAACCACACACACACACACAGUCCCUCAGAGGUUGGUAGCACAAAUCUUAUAAUUCCACGAGGGAUGGACUUUACGACCUGAGGGGGUGAUCAGCACUUUGACCGAUCAAUAAGAGUAUUAUCGUCUACACCCAGGGUGGGGGUCAGAUAAGGGGGUGUGGCCGGAAGGGGCGGGGCUUAUGGAUCUGAUGUUUACAGUAGACGCCUUGGUUUUCCUCAUUUGUUUACAGAGGUGCUAAUAAAUCACACACACUGACACACUAUCACUCACACGCAUACGGAUCACACACAUACACGUGCACUCACCAAUGCUCACACACACACACACACAUGCUCUUACAAUCCCAAAUAUUCCUUUAUGUACUCGGACCACACACACACACACCCCCCCUCCCAGGCCUUUAGAUCCAUGGUGCUGGUUCAGCGCCCAGGCCCUGUCCUGCCCGCGUGCCCACGAGUACAGUGUUGAUGCUCUCCAAACCACUACUGUGAAGUACAACGUGCCAUGGCUUUGAUUUACUGCCCAACCUGCACACACACACAAACAUACACAGACAUACAUGCAUGUACACACACAGGCAUACAUACACACACAAACGCAUACACACACACAUACAUACAUACAUACAUACAUACAUACAUACAUGCAUACAUGCAUACAUACAUACAUACAUACACACACACACACACGCACACGCACGCACGCACGCACGCACGCACGCACGCACACACACACACACACAUACAUACAUACAUACAUACAUACAUACAUACAUACAUACAUACAUACAUACAUACAAACACACACAGACACAUGCAUGCACACACACAUACACAACACGUGUGCACACACUCACACAGGAGCGUGCACAUGAGCGUCACCGGGACGUGUACAUGAACCCAGCGGCAGAAUUAGGUUUGGUUUGGCCGCCAGAAGUUUGUUUUCACUCCAAAUCAAACCUUCUAAAGUCCCACAGCUCUGGUGACACGCCACGGGGUUAGCACUGAGGGCUAACCAUAGCUUUGCAUUAGGAGUUAGCACUGAGGGCUAACCAAAGCUAAGCAUUAGCGGUGGCACACUUUCUCACUGCCUUAAGAAAGGCUUCCUCAACUCCCAUUGGCUACCUUGAGAGGAAGUGAGUCUACUACUUCCUGCUGUAUCUCCGGACAGACGCAGGGUGCGGGGCGUCUGGUGGAGGGUGUUCCCGCCAGGGGUUCAUGAUGUCACUUCCUGUGUUAUCUCCAUGGUCAGGUGUGGUUUCCACACGUGACCACUCUGACUCCAGAGCCGACAGUAAACACACGUCCUGGCGGGAGGGGAGGUGUUCUAUUGUUGACGUUAUAUCCAGAGGUUUUCUUUACAACGGCGUUAUAUCCAGAUGUUUUUUACGUUGACGUUAUUCCCGGACGAGCUGGGCUCACCUGGGAGGGACGCCGAGCAUGGUUUUAGCUUCCUGCGGUCAGUUGUGGGUGUGUGUGGGGCGGGGAGGGGGGGGGGCACACGAGCCUCACUGCUACGUAAGGGCGUGUGGGACAGAAGCCAUUUUGAUUCGUGUCUCUGUUUAAAUCGCUGGGUGGGGUUUUGCACAGUUAAACAUGGGGUGGGGCGGGGGGUUGGUGUGUAAAUAGUUCCGUCUUGCACAGUGAAUCAAAGAUACUCUCUGGCCUGUGGAUGUUGCAUUAUGUUUACCCCGAUGAAAAUUACCGAUCAUGUUCAGAAAAACAAAGAGGAUUUAAAAAAAAUAAAGAAAUGCAAAAAACCCUCACGAGGCGGGGUAUAUAUGUGAUGUGAUUGUUUUGUCUAUGCAGGAGACUCGCGGUGAACAGUGUGCGGCUGUCAUUUAACUCAGUAUAACGACGACGCCACUAGAUCACCGUAAACCAACCCGUUCUCUUUCUCUCGUCCAACACUUCUCUCCGUCUUUAGUACGAGCACUUCCCCUUCUCCCUGUUUAAAAGCCAAGCUCUGUGGUGCCCAAGGGUUUGAGGCCUGGAAGGACCCACCGUGCCCGGGCCUCAGGGUUUGGUUCUAGGCCUGGAAGGACCAACCGUAGCCUGGCUUCAGGGUUUGGUUUGAGGUUCCCUGGCUUCAGGGUUUGGUCUGAGGUUCCCUGGCUUCAGGGUUUGGUCUGAGGUUCCCUGGCCUCAGGGUUUGGUUGGAGGCCUGGAAGGACACACCGUAACCUGGCCUCCGAUUCUUUCUCCGGUGCUAGGACGUCGGCAGCCAUCACAGCCUCAGGACAAUCUAAAGCCUACUGUACUACCUACACUCCAUCGCUGUGGUUACCUUGGUAACAACCUAGUGAGGUUUCUAAUCAAAACCUACCAUCUCUGGAAACCUGCUUCAAUGUCCUUAACCAACCACACACCUGCUGGACCAUGUCCAUUUGGUCGAUACUAAAGUACUACGGUUUGAGAGAAAACAUUAAAAAAAGUUAUAUCUAUCUAUCUAUAGAUGUAUAUAUAGAUAUACAUGCAUACACUUUUGGGUGAGUGAAACAUUUGUCCUUUAAAUGUUUUAUACUUUGUACAUUUGUAUGUAACAUAUCAUGUAAAUAGAGAGAGGGAGAGACAGUGAUUUAACUCAUCUGGAGGAUUUUGUAGUCUUUGUAAAGCCCCAAUAAAUGGUAUUUGGUGUCAGCAAACUUC